AUGUUUAACCUGUUGACUGAAGCCGCGGUACCUUACUGGCUAAGCAUUGGCAAUGUUGGACCCCAUCUGUCAAGUGCGCGCGAAACGCUACACACCGUCACGCCGGAUACCCGGGUCUGGUUCCUGGUCGGCGUUGCUCGCCGAUCUUACGGGGCGUUUACGGUAGCCACAGAUCUUCGGUCGAUCCCCGACACCCGGAGUGUCGCCUGCCACGACGGCUGGGGCGGAAGGAUAGUCGGCAAACGAACUGUGUCAUUACCUGAUGUCAUAAUUCCGGGUGUACAUCAGCCCUAUUUGGCCCCAUCUGUGGUGUUCUUUUGGCUCUUUGAGGCCGUUCGCUUGGAUCUGGUUCUGGUCGGCCGGCGAGCUACCCUGGCUCCGUCGUCCGACCCGCGCUUAUGGUGGCCGGAGAUCUUCGCGCGAUGA